CAGGCAGAGCAACCUGCGUUUCCAUGGUUUGGAAUGGAUAUCGGUGGAACAUUGGUUAAACUGGUCUACUUUGAACCUAAGGACAUUACUGCAGAAGAGGAACAGGAGGAGGUGGAAAACCUAAAAAGCAUUAGGAAAUACUUGACCUCCAACACAGCCUAUGGUAAAACUGGCAUUCGCGAUGUCCAUCUUGAACUGAAAAAUUUGACUAUGUGUGGACGCAAAGGAAACCUGCACUUCAUCCGCUUUCCCAGCUGUGCUAUGCACAGGUUCAUACAGAUGGGUAGUGAAAAGAACUUCUCCAGCUUGCACACUACGCUCUGCGCCACAGGAGGUGGAGCUUAUAAGUUUGAGGAGGACUUCCGAAUGAUUGCUGAUCUACAACUCCAUAAACUGGAUGAGUUGGACUGUUUGAUCCAGGGCCUCCUUUAUGUUGAUUCUGUUGGUUUCAAUGGCCAACCAGAGUGCUAUUAUUUUGAAAAUCCUACAGAUCCUGAACAGUGCCAGAAAAAGCCUUACUGCCUUGAUAAUCCAUAUCCUAUGCUGCUGGUUAACAUAGGCUCAGGGGUCAGCAUCCUAGCUGUGUAUUCUAAGGACAACUAUAAGAGAGUCACAGGAUCCAGUCUUGGAGGAGGAACGUUCCUGGGCCUGUGCUGUCUGCUGACUGGCUGUGAGACGUUUGAAGAAGCACUAGAAAUGGCCGCAAAAGGAGACAGCACCAAUGUGGAUAAGCUGGUGAAAGAUAUUUACGGAGGAGACUAUGAGCGGUUUGGCCUUCAAGGGUCUGCUGUAGCCUCAAGCUUUGGCCAUAUGAUGAGUAAAGAAAAGAGAGAUUCCAUCAGUAAAGAGGACUUGGCCAGAGCUACUUUGGUCACCAUCACCAACAACAUAGGUUCUAUUGCUCGCAUGUGUGCAUUGAAUGAGAAUAUUGACAAGGUGGUAUUUGUUGGCAACUUUCUCAGAAUUAAUAUGAUUUCUAUGAAGGUGCUAGCGUAUGCUAUGGAUUAUUGGUCCAAGGGACAGCUGAAAGCUCUGUUUUUGGAACAUGAGGGUUAUUUUGGAGCUGUUGGGGCUCUUCUAGAAUUGCUUAAAAUGACAGAUGAUCAGUGAUGAAGCUGUCUGAAGAGAUUCCUACUGUAGAUGCUGCUGGAUAAGAGUGAAAGCCACUACAAGGACGGAAAUGAAGCCAUUAUGGUAGUUCUACCUGCUGGAUUUGUAAAUAAUUUAAAAUCCUUUUAGCUGAUCUUUAACUGCUGGGUUUUGAGCUUAUACUUCAGAAUUCAUACUGGGAAUAACAAAGAUUUUUUUUUUUCUGUACACUGUAUUUUUUAGGGGAAAAAUGUGCAAAGUGGCCAAACAUACAGAUUUUAUGGAUUUAUUUUAAAAAGUGGAUACUGUUUAAUGUAGGACCUGUGAUAUGAGGCAUCUGCUUUUCUUCUGGGGUUUACUGAUUAGUGUGGUAAUUUUAACUUCAUUUAGUAAUCACUCUAGGAGAUUUUUUUAUCUUAUUUUCAUGACGUUUCAUGAUUUGUUCUUGGUUUCAAAUGAAACUACAAAGCUGAUGCAUUUUACUGUGAAAACUAGUAAUGGAUUUUUUUCCUUUCCUCAUUAGAUGAGACACUUUUUUAUUUAACAUCCUCCUACCUCCCCACCCCCAAAA